AUGGAUGCAGCCAGAGACGCCAACUCACCCUACCCGAUGAUGCUGCCCUCUUCAGCCCAGUUUGCAACGUACAUGGCAGAGCGUGGCAUCCGCCCAGAUGACGUUCUAGUCAUCUACGAUACCUUCGAGACGGGUCUCCGCUUGUCUCCCCGUGUCGCAUGGGCCUGUCAGCACUUUGGACACAAGAAUGUUCACGUAUUGAACAAUUUUGCCAACUACGUAAAAGAAGGGUUUCCCGUCGCUUCCGGGCAGAUGCGGACGCCAGUGUCUUCGACAACUAGCGAGAUGGAUGAAGCUCCCAGCAUUUAUCCGGACCCCGAGGCAGACAACGUGAUUACCUUCGAGCACUUACGUUGUAUGAUUAAGGACCCAUCGCAGAAAGGAAAUUUUCAGAUCAUCGAUGCCAGACCCAAUGACUUGUUUUCUGGACGUGCUGCAGCCAACGGCGCGAGUACUUCUGUGAGAUUGGGACAUAUGCCAUCUGCUAUCAAUGUCCCUUUUGAUUCCGUUCUUGGUCUAGACAAAACAUUUCUUCCUCCGGCAGAGCUAAGGGACCACGGUGUUACUGCUGCAGUGGUAGAUCUGGCGCUGCGGGUGGCUGGCCUGAAUGUGAAGACGAGCCUUUAUGAUGGGAGUUGGAGUGAGUGGGCUGAUCGAGUGGAUGAAGAUGAGAUAUCUAAGGAUACCAAGGCCUGA